AUGCCGGGCAUUAAUGACAUUGUUGUGGUACAGGAGAAGGACGUGUUAGUCGCCAAAAACUGCCCGAGAGUAUUAGUCUGCAAGCCCUCCACAAAGAAAAAUGAAAUAUGUGCUCACGAAAGCAUAAAGCUAUGGUUUCCGGGCACUAAAGCAUUGGUGACCAAGAAAGGAAAAGAGUCAUCAGCAGGCGGUGGCCAUUUGGAUGUUCGUGUUAUUUUUCUUUUAUUUUUCCGUGAUCAUGAGCUGAAAAUUACACAGUUGGAAAAAGGUGAGCUCGUCAUGAUUAUGGAUCCUGGCUGCGAUUUGACGUUCGAAGGUGGACCGCAUUCAGUCAGGCACAGGUCCGAUAUCAAUUAG